UGUAAGCGGGAGCAAGACAUGCACCUAGCAGGGCUGGGUCACAAUUACGGCCGGAUGUGAACAAGGAGUGGAAGUGGGACGACAUUGCGAAACGGAUGGCCAACAUGGGGACGCCGAAAGAAGUCGAUCAGUGUGCCAAGAAGUGGGACAAUCUGUUUCAGAACUACAAGAAGAUACAAAGAUUUCAGGGGAAGAGCGGCCAGGCGGAUUUCUUCAGGUUGUCGAACGAAGAGCGAAAGGAGCACAAUUUCAAGUUCAGGAUAGAGAGAGUGUUGUACAACGAGAUCCAUGCGAGAAUGCUCGGCAGCCACACCAUUUUCCCUCCCAACAUCGUCGACACUGGUAGUCCGAAAGGGGUGCAAUUGCCGAGGCGAGGAGCGGGAGGUGGGGAGUCUGUGGGAACUGGCGGUGAUGGCGGCUCAGACAACCGUUCUUCGGCCAGGGACUCUGAUCAAAACGCAGGUAGCGGGGCCGGAGGCGGAAAGCGGAAGAAUGCACGUCAGCAGACUUUCGAGGCAAUCAUUGAUGUGAUGGACCGACAUGGGCAACUCAUGGCAUCAACGAUCAAUUCGUCGAGCAAGCGGCAAUGCAGUAUCUUGACCAGGCAAUGCGACAUACUGGAGCAGGAUUUAGCGAUCAGACGAAGUGGGACAUUCUUCGGGAAGGCGGUACUCGCGCUCCUUGCCAGUGUGGAGCGUCGUUGGCUCACCUCCGGGACAGACGUCUACAGCAGUGAAGCGCUGCGGGACGUAGUAGCGCGGCGUCAAGCAAGGCCAUGUCUCCAAGGGGCGGAGGAGGUUCUCAUGCACGCAGCAAGAAGCGUGAUGCACCUCAGAGGAGGGCGGCAAGUGACAAAGGCGAAAAAGGAUCACCGAGAUGUCGCGUCAUUCGGCGGCGCCCGAACGGACGGGGAUGGGUGGGGAAGACCUAGCAGGACCGAUGAUAACGACGUCUUCUCGACGGGUGCUCCUGACGUUCAGUCGCCGUCACUGUCGUCGAACAUUCGUGCAAACGUUGGGGGGUCAUCUGCGCAGGUGACGACUCGCGACGAGCGCAUCAUCAAUGUCGAAGUGAAUGAAGACGCGCGGGUGGACGAAGGCCAAGGUCGUGCGGUGCCCCAACGUAGCGCAAUACAGCCGGUUACACUGCCGACGACGCCACGUCAGCAGCGCGCAGUUGUGGCCACAGAGGGAGCGACGCCCAGACAGGCCGUCCCACUGCCAGCAACGCCACGUCAGCAUCACGCGGGCGACAAUGUCAGAUCUGAUGUUGCGGCCACCGCUGCGACGGCGGUGGAACCGCCGCAACCCCGCCACGCAGGUGCGAAUGUGGGAGUUGUGGCAGGAGCACCGCAGGGGGCGACGAGGGAAGACCGCAGGGGGGAGGACGUGGCGAGCUCAACGGAGGUUGCGCGUGCGGAGAAGAAGAGGGCGGGCGAGGAUGACAAACCUCUCAUCAACAGGGUGCACAAAGGCAGACUAGCGAAAGAUCUGGCGGAGCAGGCGAGACUGCGGGUCGACGACAAAUCAUUCUGGACGUCAGGGGAGGGGCGCAGACUCUACAAUAUCAUCAACGAGACACGUGAGCACCUCGUCGCCGUCGCAAGUGGGUUUCCACUACCGAACGUCCCGAGAAGCGUCGCCAUGCCCAGAUCCAACAUCGCGCACAUCAGGAUCACGAAUGAAGGGCAGUUGCAGGGAGCAUUGAGCCGCGCAUCGAAAGUCCAGAGUGUGGCCUUGCGGGUUUUGCAUGGCUGGUCUUCAAAUCGAGCUCCAGAGAACGAGGAUACAAUGUCGCCUUCGAGUACGUACCGGAAUUUGUGGCGACCGACAUCACACGCGCGAUGUGGCAUGGUGAGGAGUGGAGAAACGUCGUCAGCCCCGCCGUUUGCGCACACACGCUAGACAUGGGGAUGGACCUCCCGCUAUGGUUUGCUGGGGUGCACAUUGAAGACACGCCGGCAAACGACGA